AACACAUCGACGUGGUACCCUUACCCGUCUCUCUCUCUCCUCAGCGGUCACUUGCUGAGCAGCUGCUGUGCUAGGCUGCUUCCACACUACUCAAGCUGUUGCGCGGUCUGCCGACGAUGCCGAGCUCCCGCCGAACCACCGCCCGCAGCGGCGGGGCCGCGCUUGCCCCUGGACGCGGGGAGGACGACGAGCGGGUGCCGCCCUUCACGGGGAACAACACCGACCACAACCCCCGGGAGUUGCGGUCCUGGGCGCGCCGCACCGGCUUCCACCCCUCCGCCUUCUUCUCCGGCGAGUCUGCAGUCUCCAACUCCUCCACCUCCACCGCGCGUCCCCCGCCGCCUCCGCCUCCCCCGGCAUCCUCCCGCCGCCCGCCGCGCCCUCCCGCGGCUGAAGAAACGCAGGACGACCCCGAUCCCGCGCCGCCUCUCGACCUCGACCGCCGCGGCCACCAAGGCCGCCCUCACCGCCGCAUCGACCUCCGCGGCGAGCUCGAGAUCCCGCCAGCCGCAGGCCCCGUCGAGGUGUCAGCGCAGCCAGAACCGGCGAGGAGGAGGGACGGCGUUGAGCGCCUGCUCGGCGAGAGGGGGGCGCUCAAUGUGGGCUGGAACGCCAACGGCGUGCGCGCCGACGCGGAUGCGGAUACGAAUGCGAGGAAGAAAGCGGAGGAGGCGGAUGCGAAGCGAAAGGAUGAGGAGGCAGAGGCGAGGAAGAAAAAGGAGGAUGAGGAGAGGGACGCGGAGCUGGCCGCGUACUACCAGCAGCAGUGGGCCAACGAGGAGGAUGGUGUUGCCGACGGUGUCCAAGGCGAGGAACUGGCGCCUCUUAAUCGGCCAUCAGGCCUCAGCUGCGGCGUCUCCGAGAACCCCGGGUGGGCACUCCUCAUAUUUUAUGGCAUACAACACUACUUGUCAAUAGCCGGUUCACUUGUUUUUAUUCCUUUGAUAUUGGUACCAACCAUGGGUGGAUCGGAUGUGGACACAGCUACAGUCAUCUCCACUAUGUUAUUAGUGUCUGGUCUUACAACAAUACUUCAUACUUUUCUUGGUUCUCGGCUUCCAUUGAUUCAAGGAAGUUCUUUUGUAUAUUUGGCUCCUGCAUUGGUGAUCGCGAACUCUGAGGAGUUCAGAAAUCUUAGUGAAGAUGUAUGCUCAAGUUCUAGACCCUCUUUACUUUAUCUGCACACUCCUCCUCAAGCUUCAGAUAAGAAAUUCAAGCACAUAAUGAGGGAACUACAGGGGGCUAUACUUGUUGGUUCAGUUUUCCAAAUAAUUUUGGGGUACAGUGGUCUUAUGUCACUGCUUCUGAGAUCGAUAAACCCAGUCGUCGUGGCACCAACUAUUGCUGCAGUGGGUUUGGCGUUUUUCAGUUAUGGUUUUCCUCAUGCUGGUAGUUGUGUAGAAAUAAGCAUGCCCCUCAUUGUAUUGCUUCUUCUGUGCACCCUGUACAUGAGAAAAAUAUCCCUGUUUGGAAACCAUAUCUUCCUCAUCUAUGCAGUACCACUCAGUGUUGGCAUUAUAUGGGUGUAUGCGUUCUUCCUAACUGCUGGUGGCGCAUACAACUUCAAGGGCUGCAGUUCAAGUAUACCCAGUUCGAAUAUAUUAUUGGGUUCAUGCAGAAGACAUGCAGAAAUUAUGAGGCGUUGUCGAACUGAUGUUUCUAAUGCUUGGAGUACUGCUGCCUGGGUGAGGGUUCCGUAUCCAUUGCAAUGGGGCCCUCCUACAUUUCAUUUCAAAACAGCUAUCAUUAUGGUGAUAGUUUCAGUGGUUGCAUCAGUUGAUUCGCUUUCAGCAUAUCAUGCUGCUUCGUUGCUAGUCAAUUUAAGCCCUCCAACACGUGGAGUUGUUAGCAGAGGGAUUGGCCUUGAGGGGAUUUCUACUUUUAUCGCCGGACUAUGGGGUACAGGAACUGGGUCGACAACAUUAACAGAGAACAUCCAUACCCUUGACACAACCAAAAUGGCCAGCAGAAGAGCUUUGCAGCUUGGGGGAGCCUUGCUGGUCAUUUUUUCUUUCUUUGGAAAAAUCGGAGCUCUCCUUGCUUCUAUCCCUAUUGCUUUGGCCGCCUCUGUUCUUUGCUUCACCUGGGCACUUAUUGUUGCACUCGGCUUAUCCACAUUGCGAUAUACCGAAGCUGUAAGCUCAAGGAACAUGAUAAUCGUUGGUUUUACCCUGUUCAUCUCCCUGUCCAUCCCCGCAUACUUUCAGCAAUACGAACCCAGCUCCAAUCUCAUUCUACCGGGCUAUCUUCUUCCGUAUGCUGCAGCUUCGAGUGGACCAGUUCACACUGCCAGUUAUGGGCUAAACUAUGCAGUGAAUGCUCUUCUAUCCAUCAACGUUGUGGUGGCUCUGGUUGUUGCAAUAAUCCUUGACAACACAGUGCCGGGAAGCAAGCAAGAACGAGGCGUAUACAUCUGGUCAGAUCCCAAGUCCCUGGAGUUGGAUCUUGCAUCCCUGGAACCCUACCGGUUACCAAAUAAGAUAUCAUGCUGGUUCAGAUGGGCUAAGUGCGUUGGCUAUUGACAUAGCAUGGCCCCCCUGCACUGGUUGUUCAUGCUCUGAGGUAGUGAUGCGAAGAUUCUGUAUUCUAUUGCAACAGUUUGUAUGGCAUUCAGGUAGAUUAGUAGGGGCUAUAGCUACUGGUGGUUCGUUCUGGGUUUCAGUCUGGAGCUCAUUGCAUGUAAAUUUAAACAGUAAUGAUAAUUGGCAACCAUUGUUCAGGAGUAAA